AUGAGACGUGAAAAGAGUGGGCGGGAGCACCGAGGCAGGGGUCGUGGUCGUGGGCGUGGUUGCAUAAGCAGUCCUUCUCCUAGGCGCACGCCCCCGUCAUCCAUCCAUACAACUGAUAAAGAUGAUGGAAGGCGAAGAGAUAUUUUGUCAUUUCACAAUCAUAAUUUCAUUCAGGGAAUAAUUAAACCAUUCAUUGAAAGCUAUACUGAUGUGUUGGGAGAUGGAAACUGUGGUUUUCUUGUUGUGGCUGACUACAUGUACAAGACAGAAUGGAUGAUGGUAAGAAACAACGUUGCUAAUGAAGUUCAAACGUACAGUGAAUUGUACGAGCCAAUGUACUGUAGUGAUGUUGCAUCAGCAAUCUAG